AAAUGAAUUUAAAUAACUGGGAAGUAGACAGUGCGGCAUUACGUGAUUACCAUUUAGGUCAAACACCAGAUGAACGUGCUCUAGUAACUCUCAGAGGAAAAGGAAUUAUAAAUUAUUCACAUAAAGCUAAACUCAUAACGAAAGAGGAUUUUAAUUCGUAUGAUUGGAUCUUUGGAAUGGAUGAAUUUAAUAUUAAAGAACUUGUGAAAAUAAAACCGGAAAUUAGCAAAGCGAAAAUUGAAUUAUUAGGAAGUUAUUAUCCUGAUAAAGUCGUAAUUAUUCGUGACCCUUUUGCGGACAAUAAUUGCCAAGGUUUCGUUGAAGCUUACGAUCAAUGUAACAGUAGUAUAAAAAAUUUUUUAUCUAAAAAUAAUUUAAUCACAUAAAUUUAAAUAAUCAUUUAACUUUAUGUCCUUCAACGUAAACAUUUAUGAUAUUACGAUCGUCUCCUGAG